ACUGCCAUGAACAGCAUGACAUAGGACCGCGCAAUGGGAUUUCUUUGUUCCAAAAUUUAGACUAAGUGCCAUCUUUGGGACCAUAUACUUGUACAUACAGAUCAAAAGCGGAACCUGUCGUGAAGAAACAGGGGAUUUUCUGGUUUUCUUCACAGACGUGUCGACGGGAACGAUGGAAUGGCAAGUGCUGUUGUUUAUCUCGGUGCUCUCUCUCACUGUAGUGCUCGGGCAGGUCAGCUACUCCAUUCCCGAGGAAAUGGCAAAGGGGGCUCUAAUAGGCAAUAUAGCCCAAGAUUUAGGUUUAGGUGUGGAAAGACUGAAGUCCGGUAAAGCUCGUAUUUAUACUGGUAACACUGAAGAAUAUAUUGAGCUGAAAAGAGAAAGAGGAGUCCUCCUUGUUAAAAAUAGAAUAGACAGAGAAUCUCUAUGCGGUCAAACAAUGCCUUGCGCACUCCAUUUUCAAAUGAUCUUGGAAAACCCAAUGGAGUUUUACACAGUUACUGUCGAAAUUACCGAUAUAAAUGACAACCCUCCCACAUUUGAGAGAGGUGAGAUGAAAUAUGAAAUUAGCGAAUCAGCUCUUACCGGAGCUCGAUUUGUCUUAGAGAAAGCUAUAGACAAUGAUGUUGGUGUAAACGGUUUGAGCAGCUACGCCCUAAAACCCAGUGAUAAUUUCGUUCUGAAAACCAUCAGCCGAGGCGAUGGGACUAAACAUGUCGAGAUGGUUUUACAGAAACAGUUAGACCGAGAGAAUCAGGAGCAUAUGUCAUUAAUACUAACCGCUCUGGAUGGUGGUGAACCACAGCUUUCGGGGACAAUGCAGAUUAUCAUAACUGUGUUAGACGUCAAUGACAACCCGCCUGUUUGUUCAAAACUGGAAUACAAAGCAAGUGUUAUAGAGAACGCUCCUGUUGGCACUUUAAUAACUACCGUAAAGGCUACAGACGCAGACAGUGGAUCAAACGGCCUCGUCACAUAUAGAUUUUCAAACAUGAAAGAGCAGCUGGCUGACAUAUUUCAUUUAGACGAAAUUACGGGGACCAUAACACUUGUAGGACAAGUGGAUUUUGAAAAAGAUAAGAAAUGUGAAAUUAUGAUUGAAGCUAUGGACCAAGGAGGCCUGACAGAUUCAAGUAAGGUGCUAAUUGAAAUUGUUGACGUCAACGAUAACGCACCUGUCAUAAAUGUGAUGUCAUUUUCCAGCCCCGUGCCAGAGGAUUCUGCCUCCGGUACCACAGUGGCAAUAAUUAAUGUGAUUGACGCAGACUCGGAGCAAAAUGGCCAAAUUACCUGCACAACAGACAGCAGUCUCCCAUUUAAAAUAAAAUCUACAUUAACUAAUUACUAUGCAUUAGUAACAGACUCAGCUUUUGACCGAGAAGUUGUACCGGAAUAUAACAUAACUGUAAGAGCCACGGAUUCGGGAUCGCCACCAUUGUCAAGUACAACAAUAUUACGUCUGAGAAUCUCUGAUGUGAAUGACAAUGCCCCGUUAUUUGAUCAACUUAGCUACGUUUCUUACGUUACAGAGAACAAUUCCCCUGGAAUGUCCAUAUUUUCUGUCAAAGCCCAGGACACUGACUGGAAUCAAAACGCUAGAAUAUCGUACUUACUCGAGGAAACACAGAUCAAUGGUAGUCCAACCUCUUCUUACGUCUCUAUAAACAGUGAAACUGGAGGUAUCCACGCUGUGAGGUCGUUUGAUUAUGAACAAAUGAAACAGCUCCAGCUGGUAGUAAAGGCGCAGGAUGGAGGCUCCCCUCCACUCAGUAGCAAUGUGAGUGUGAAAAUUAUGAUCCAGGACCAGAAUCUCCAACACGUGUACAUUACGAGGUGUGCAGGACACUGA